UUUUGUGGGGGAGCGCGUCUACUGGACAGGUGCGAGUAUCCAUCCUAAAGUGAGGAAAGAAAGAAGCUUGGGCUUUCAGUGGAUCCAGGGAGAUAGCAUCAUCAGUCGCCAAGCACUUGUCUGGCCCCAGCGAGAGACGUGGGCAUCCCCCCAACCGGCUCCGGAGCUGCAGCGGCUUUCCUACUAGAGUACGGAAGCGGCGCACCGGGUUCCGGACUUGAUCCCAAGUAGAUCCUGGAGAGGCGUGCUCUAUCGUAACCGGCCACUGGAGCCACUUCCUGCGGCACGUGUUGGAGGGUGCAAGUAUUUGGACAUGAUUUUGAAUGUCUCAUCGCGUUGAAAGCCGUGGGCGAAACAAGCCCUGGGAAUGUUUCCAGCGGGCCUGGCUCCUUAAAGGCUUUUGAGAAGUUUCUUUUGCUGCCUGUCACCCUCGAUUCCCCUUCCCCUAGGGAUGUGCAGAUGGAGGCCGGUGGAGACGCUGCUGCCCCAGCCCCCGGGGGCGCGCAGGACUUGGAGGACACGCAGGACUUGGAAGGCACGCAGACCCCGCGCGAGGAGACUGGAGAUGGAGGAGUUCAGUCGGGCCCGCCGGACCCCGGAGACACGGACCCGGAGGAAGCAGGAUCACAAGCCGAGGAUGAGCCACCCAGCCGCCUGUCACCCCUGCCCCAGUCAGAGGUCCUGUCAAGCACGUGUGAACACUGGAGUUCUACAGCCUCAGACAGUAGUCCCAUUCAUGGUCCGGAGAGUGACUCUGUGGGCCAGGGCGGGGACCCCAGUGACGAGAACUGGCGCAACCAAAGGAAGCACGUGUUUGUGCUGAGCGAGGCCGGCAAGCCUAUCUACUCACGUUACGGUAGCGUGGAGGCGCUAUCAGCUACCAUGGGUGUGAUGACAGCCCUUGUGUCCUUCGUACAGAGCUCAGGGGAUAACAUCCGCGCCAUCUAUGCCGAGGACCACAAGCUGGUGUUCCUACAGCAGGGCCCCCUGCUGCUGGUGGCCAUGUCACGGACUCCUCAGUCAGCAGCACAGCUCCGAGGGGAGCUGCUCGCCGUGCACGCACAGAUUGUGAGCACACUGACACGUGCAAGCGUGGCCCGCAUCUUCGCGCACAAGCAGAACUAUGACCUCCGCCGCCUGCUGGCUGGCUCAGAGCGCACGCUGGACCGGCUUCUGGACAAUGUGGAGCGAGACCCCGGAGCCCUGCUCCUGGGCGCUGUGCGCUGCGUGCCGCUUGCCCGUCCGCUGCGGGAAGCACUAGGCACGUUGCUGCGGCGCUGCACAGCACCUGGCCUGGCACUGUCUGUGCUGGCGGUCGGUGGUCGCCUGAUAACAGCAGCCCAGGAACGGAACGUGCUGGCCGAGUGCCGGCUGGACCCAGCUGACCUGCAGCUGUUGCUUGACUGGGUAGGGGCGCCAGCUUUUGCAGCGGGGGAAGCCUGGGCACCUGUGUGCCUGCCCCGCUUCAACCCCGAUGGUUUCUUCUAUGCUUAUGUGGCCCGCCUGGACUCCAUGCCUGUCUGCCUGCUGCUGCUUGGCACCCACCGUGAAGCCUUCCAUGCCAUGGCCGCCUGCCGGCGCCUGGUGGAGGAUGGCAUGCGCACUCUUGGUGCCCUGCGUACCCUUGGGGAGGCUGCGAACUUCUCUGAUUCCCAGGCAGCCAGUGCCCCUGCCUACAGCGUGCAGGCUGUGGGGGCACCUGGCCUCCGGCACUUCCUCUAUAAGCCACUGGACAUCCCUGACCAUCAUCGCCAGCUGCCCCAGUUUACCAGCCCUGAGCUAGAAGCCCCAUACAGCAGAGAAGAGGAACGGCAGCGGCUGUCAGACCUGUACCACCGCCUGCACGCUCGUCUGCACAGCGCCUCCCGACCCCUGCGCCUCAUUUACCAUGUGGCUGAGAAGGAGACACUGCUAGCCUGGGUGACCUCCAAAUUUGAGCUCUAUACCUGCCUCAGCCCCUUGGUGACCAAAGCAGGUGCCAUCUUGGUAGUGACCAAACUCCUGCGCUGGGUCAAGAAGGAGGAGGAUCGUCUCUUCAUCCGUUGCCCACCCAAGUACUCCACACCUCCAGCUGCCUCUGCAGACCAGGCUUCCCACAAUGGCUUGUUCACUGGACUCUGAAUAGAAGAACUCAGACUGCUGGCAGUAACCACCUUGGCUUCUGGCUUCUGCCAUCUGAAAAUGUGGUGGGGACCUGCCUGUGGCUGGUACCUGUCUCCCUGAGCAGUUGGGCACCAUACAAGAGCUGCCCACCAGUGGGAGAUGGGUGGCAGCAGCAGGGCCACAGUGUGCCCCCUUCUUGUCCCUUCAUGCACCUCCACCUCUAGAGAAUGUUCUAGGCCACCUCCCUCUGCCUCACUUCCUCGCCAUGGAUGAUGGUCCAGCCUCUGUCAGGGGAAGUUGCCUCUAAACCUGCUUCAGAAGUCUCUUCUCCAUUGGACUGAGCCCUGAGUGUGCAGGGCUGGCCAGGUCUCAGGGAUGAGCCUUAAAGGUUCUAGAAUUGGGAAUGCAGGGUCAGCCUGUGCCCAUAACCAGCCUGAGGGUAUUUAG